UGUGGACCCAGUGUGCUCAGGUGGUCUUCCACUCAGGCUUCUGUUCUCCUUCUCAGAGGCAGUUUGUGAAGAGGAAUGCAUGGCUCCUGUGUUCACUCUUAAGAGCGUUUCACCUGUGCUUUUCAGUGUGCAGUAACCAUGGUGACGCCAGUGGAGCUCCUGGAUACUUUGGAGGAUUUGACAGAAGGAGACUUUAAGAAGUUCAAAUGGUUCCUGCAGCAGGCUGAGAUCUUGGAGGGCUUCCCUGCAGUCCCAAAGAGCCAGUUAGAGAACGCAGACCGGCUGGACACAGUGGACCAGAUCUUAGACACCUACCAGGACCAUGCAGUGGAGGUGAUCAUAAAGGUGUUAAAGAAGAUCAACAAGAAUGAUUUGGUCAAACGUCUGACGAAUGUCAACUCAGCCUCCAAAGAGAUGCUGGCCAUUUGCCAACGUAAACUCAAGCUCACCCUGAGGAGGAAGUUACAGCAUUUGUUAAAGCCAGCCAAUAAAUUAGGGAAGCAGUUGUUUAUGAACGGGCUUUACACCGAGCUUGACAUCACAGAGGAGAAAUUUGAAUAUGUCAACGAUAAACAAAAAUCAACACAAACAGGUAACGCAAUGGAUGACUUUUUAAAAUCUUCUCAAGAUGUUCUAGUCAGGACAUUAAUGACUAAAGGACAGGUUGGUAGUGGGAAAACAGUCCUGACACAGAAAAUGGUCCUCGAUUGGACUGAAGACAAAGUCGGUGAUAAUAUACAGUUUGUAUUUCCAUUCACCUUCCAAGAGUUGAGUUUACUUCAAGACAAGAAAUACAGCUGGGUGGAACUCCUUCAUUACUUCUUUACUGAUACAAAAGAAUUAGGAAUCUGCAGCUUUGAUGACCUCCAGAUUUUGUUCAUUUUUGAUGGCCUUGAUGAGUGCCAGCUUCCUCUGGACUUUGACAACAAUGAGAUCCUGAAUGAUGUUACUGAGUCCGCUACAGUGGAUGUGCUGCUGACAAACCUCAUCAUGGGAAAACUGCUUCCUUCUGCUCGACUCUGGAUAACCACAACUCCCGAGGGAGUCGAUCAGAUUCCCCACCAAUACAUACACAAGGUCACAGAAGUAAGAGGGUUCACUGAUUCGAAGAAAGAUGAGUAUUUUAGAAAGAGAUACAGAAACAAGGAGCUGGCUAGCAGAGUCAUCUCCCACAUCAAGGCAUCACGAAGUCUCCGCAUCAGGUGCCACAGCCCAGUUUUCUGUUGGAUCUCUGCAACAGUGCUAGAAGAUGCAUUACAGUCAACUGAGAGAGCCAAGCUCCCCAAGACCCUGACAGAGAUGUAUACACACUUCCUGGUGGUUCUGUCCAAACUGGCAAAUGUUAAACAUGAUGGCAGAACCCAGACAACUUCGCUUCUGAACGCAGAAACGUCCACAAUGAUAAUGUCUCUGGGAAAACUAGCAUUCAAACAUCUGCUCAAAGGCAAACGGAUCUUCAGUGAAGCAGACCUGAUAGAGUGUGACAUUGAUAUGAACUUAGUCCCAACAUACUCAGGACUGUUCAUACAGAUGUUUAGUGAGGAGAAUAGGCUGUGCCAGGGCAAACUGUACAGUUUUGUCCAUUCCAGUGUUCAGGAGUUUCUGGCUGCUGUUCAUGUCGUUGUGUCAUUCAUCAACUCUGGUGUCAACCUCUUGUCUGAAGAGCAGUUAAACUCUCAACCGUCCCCAGUCACGAUGGAUGGAUGUGAAGUAAAAAACAUCCACCAGAGUGCAGUGCACAUAGUGUUACAAAGUCCAAAUGGACACUUGGACUUGUUCCUCCGUUUCAUCAUUGGUCUCUCACUGCAAACUAACGAAACACUCCUGAAAGAGCUCCUGAAACUAUCAGGAAGAAGCUUAGAGAGCACACAUGAGACAGUCCAGCACAUCAAGGCUUGUCUGAGGGAAAGUCCCUCUCCAGAGAGGUGCAUCAGUCUUUUUCACUGUCUGAAUGAACUGAAUGAGCCUUCUGUGGUAGAUGAGGUCCAGCAGUACCUGACCACCUCCACCAAACAGCCCUCACCUGCUCAGUGGUCAGCUCUGGUGUUUGUCUUAUUAACAUCACAGAGUGACCUAAGAGUGUUUGACCUGAAGAAAUACUCCACCUCAGAGGAAGCGCUCCUCAGGUUGAUGCCAGUGGUUGAAGCCUCACAUCAAUGUUUGCUGACUGGCUGUAAUCUGUCAGACAGAGUUUGGGCAACCCUGGCCACAGCUUUCAGUUCACCAUUCUCUAAUUUGAGAGUACUAGACCUGAGUGAUACCAAUGUGUGUUCUGGAAUCGGAUACCUUUCCGCUGGCCUGAAGAAUCCACAAUGUAAACUAGAAACUCUCAGGCUGAUUGGCUAUUACAUGAGAACCAUCAAUUGUGAAGAUCUGUCUUUGGCUCUAAGUAGUGAGUCAUCUAGUCUUAGAGAAUUGGAUCUGAGUUACAAUGGAAUUGGCUCUUGUGGAAUAAAGGACCUCUCUAAAGGACUGAGGAGUCCACACUGUCGACUUGAAACACUGCGGUUGAUUUCCUGUUUUCUGACAUGGGAAUCUUGUGAUGAAAUGGCAUGUUUCCUCAGUUCUCAGUAUUCCAGUUUGAAAAAACUGGAUCUGAGUUUGAACAACCUGGGUUACUCAGGAGAGAUGUUAUUCUGUUCCGGAUUGAAGAGUCCACAUUGUAAACUAGAAACACUCAGGCUUAGCAUUUGUAACUUGACUGAAAAAAGCUGCGAAAUUCUGGCCUCGGUUCUCUCCUCGGACUCCUCCAGCUUGAAGGUGUUGGACUUGAGUAAUAACAACCUGCAGGAUUCAGGUGUGAAGCACCUUCUUACUGCCAUAGAACAUCCAAAAUGCAAACUGGAUAGUCUGAGGUUGGGUGACUGUAAGCUGUCAGAGGGAAGCUGUGAAGACUUCGGGUCUGCUCUGAGCUCUCAGACAUGUCAUUUGAGAGAGUUGGAGAUGAACAAUAAUGACCUGAGAGACUCAGGAGUGAGGCUCCUCUGUGCAGGACUCAAGAGUCCACAUUGUAGACUGGAAACUCUUGGGUUGUCAGGCUGUAUGGUUACAGAAGAUGGAUGCACUUCUCUGAGCUCAGCGUUAAGCACCAAUCCUUCUCAUCUCAGAGAGCUGGAUCUAAGCUACAACCAUCCAGGAGGCACUGGACUGACGGUGUUGUCUGCUGGAUUAGACGACCCACUGUGGGCGCUGACCACUCUCAGAGUAGACCAUGGUGGAGUGAACAGGAUAAAGCCUGAUGUCCGGAAAUAUGCCUGUAAACUCGAACUGGACCCGAACACAGCACACAGAGACCUGCUGCUAUCCAACAACAACACACAAGUGGACUAUGUGAAAACACCACAGCUGUACCCAUAUCACCCCGAGAGAUUUAUCGAGUGUAGUCAGGUGAUGUGUACCACUGGGCUGACUGGUCGCUGUUACUGGGAAGUUGAGUACAAGGAAACCACAGGUAUAGCUCUGACUUAUCAAGGAAUCAGCAGGAGAGAUUAUUCUGACAUGUGCAUAUUUGGAGGGAAUGACAAAUCUUGGAAGUUUCACUGCAGUAGAAGUAGUUUUCUUUCUGUUUACCACAAUAAUAAUCAGACAGACGUACGCAGUGAUAUGAAAGAGACAAACAGAGUAGGAGUGUAUCUGGACUGGCCUGCUGGCACUGUGUCACUUUACAGAGUGUGUUCUGACACUUUAACGCACCUCCACACCAUCUGCACCACAUUCACUGAACCACUCUACCCGGGGUUCGAAGUUAAUAAUAGGAUGGGUGCAAGAGUGUCCCUCUGCCAAUAAGAAAGUGACAGUGAAGCACAAGGUCAACGAGAAAAGCACUUGGAGAGAUCAGCCCCCCCCAUCAAUCACCACCAAAAUUUAAUCAUUUGUUUCUUCUGCCAGUCUCAACAUUUCCUGAAAAUUUCAUGAAAAU